CACCGGCCUUUUGUGGAUAAGAUUGGACACCGCUGCUCUAAUUGGGCAUCAAGGCAGGAUACACCCUGGACGGAAUGCCAACCCAUCACAGGGCACACACACACUCAUCCACUCACGCAAUCACACACUAGGGACAAUUUUCCCUAUGCCAAUCAACCUACAGUACCAUGCAUGUCUUUGGUCCGGGGGAGGAAACCGGAGUACCCGGAGGAAACCCCCGAGGCACAGGGAGAAUAUGCAAACUCCACACGCACAAGGUGGAGGUGGGAAUCGAACCCCAACCCUGGAGGUGUGAGGCAAACAUGCUAACCACUAAGCCACCGCGCCCCCUGGUUCUGUUAUACGGGGGGUCUAUUCUAUUUUCUAGUCGCUGCUCUCCGCGCUCUUACCACGCAUGCGCAUGGACGGGCGCGUGGAUUCUUGCCCAGAACAGAACCAUACCGCCAACACUAACUGUAUGCAUAUCAUCUAAUAAAUUCCCUUGUGACAAAGUGGUCCUGACAGAACUAAUUUUAAUGAAAUUCACUAAAUCAGAACUCUGUUAUUAUCACACAGGUCCAACCACAGAGGAAUGUUGUGUCUAUUUCUCUUUCACGCUGCCUUCCAAUAAACCUUCAACAAGCCAUGAAGAAUCUAGACAGGACUGUCCAGAGCGUAUCGUCCUGACGAAGACCAUCAGCAGUCGCUGUGAAGAUCAUGAAACUGAAUGGUUGCAAAGUGUCGGCAAAGCUUAUGACCGGUGUCUGAUAAAAAUGCAAAAACAACAGAGGACUGCUGUUACCUGUUCAGUCAGAGUUCAGCCCAAGUGUUUACGCCAAGAGAAGAAAAAACGCCUAACGUCUGUGAACAAAUCAGCUUUAACUUUACCCUCCCCGCCAGCACACGUGACUGUACGAGACACCGCAUUCGUUUGGCUCGGGACUUCAUCAGACAAACGUACAACUGCCUGAAGUGGGCCUUCUGAUAUAACAGAUCGUUCUGUUUCUUAAUCACAAAUGAGUUCAUGUUGAUUCAAAGAUUUGAUAAUUAACCUUGCUUGAAUUAAAUGGCUGACUGGAUUACAAUUUCAUCCCAAAAAAACAAAACAAAAGAAAAGCAACAAACCUUAUCUAGUGCUACGGACCACUGCAUAGUGCUUGGAC